CCACACGGAACUUUAGAAAGCCACGUGGCAACACAAGAGUACACGUGGACAUGCCUCAGCAAGAUCACCAUUCCGGAAGCAACAUACAGAAAAGAGAAGCAGAAGCUAUCAAGAUCACAAGAUGAAUCGCUAAUGGAUCUCAGAAAGGUAGAGGAAAUAGUGAAAGAUUCCAAAGGUGGAAUCAUCGAGAAGAAAGAAGCAAUCAUAUCAACCUUAUCCAAUCCCAAUUCCGACACCGAUUCCCCUCAUCAUAACGAUUCCAUCGCCGGUGAUGCCGAUCCGACUACACCACCGGUUGAUGCCGCUAGUGCUCUUCAACUCUUCCUUGAUCACAUCCCAAUCUCCUCCAUUCCUGGAAUCCACAAUUCCCCCUCCACAGGUUUAGUAGUGAGAACGCAUGAACGCGUCAAGGAUGGGAUUAGGAUGUUGUAUGAGAAGAAUGUUAGUGGAGCUCUAAUUGCGGACAGUUCGGAACCAGAUCCGACCGCCAGCUUCAACACGUCAUUCUCCCAUCCCUAUGUCGGAUUCAUUAGCUUUUCUAAUAUGGUUCUGUGGUGUCUCCAGGAAUUUAGACAACAUCAAAGUGGGACCAAGAAGGAUAAUGCUAAAAGUUCGAAGAAGACUAAGCCACGCGGAUUCUUCUCCUUGCUUGAUAAAAUUCCAGCGGUUUCUGAGACUAAGAUAGGCGAACUAGCGGCAUCGUUUUUAUGGGAUCCCGUCUUCCCUGUAAAACUAGACCAGACGCUCUUCCAUGUUCUUUUGUUGCUAUCUAAGCAUCGGCUGAGCGUGGUCCCUGUGACUGAACGUUCCAGUUCGAAGGUUGUGGGCUAUGUUACCGAGAAUUCGGUAAACCAUAUACUCCUACAGUCGAGCGGACUAGAGUGGUUUGACAGCAUUGCAGAUAAACCAUUGUCAGAUUUCAGGUUUGAGCAUAAUGACAGAGUUGUUUCAAUCUACAAUGAUCAAAGCAUUUCGGAGGCAGUUCAUAUUUUAUGGAAGAAAAAAGUCUGCGCCAUUGCAGUAGUUCAACGACAAACGGAGAAGCUCAUUGGAUGUGUCAGGGUCAGUGACAUUCAUCGUCUUUUGGAUGAUGAUCGCAUCUUUACUGAUAGAGAAGAUACGAGUGUGGAGCAAUUCAUUCACACAGACACGGAUUCAGACAAGCAGCAUGAGAUCGACCACGACCUCGGGGCUCUUAUAUCUGCAGGAACUCUUGCACUACACUAUAAAUUCGAACCCAGAAUGGAUAGGCCGGUGACGAACAAAGAAACGGAUACCCUGAAACAAGCGAUGCAGAAUUUAAGAGAAAUGAAAAGCAGUUUUAGUUACAUUAUAGAUGAAUAUGAAAGAAUAAGAGGAGUAGUUACAUUAAGAGACAUUCUUGUGCAGUUUGCUCCCCCUUGUAUGGACUCAAGGAUUGAUGGUGGUGGUUUCUUUGAUAUGGCUUUGAAGGAAUCUGGGUGCACCAUUAGAGAUGGAACCAUGGUUCAUCUUAAAUGAAAUUAUAUGGAACCAUGGUCCAUCAUGGUGGUGGUGGUUUGGUUUCUUUGACAUGGCUUUGAAGGAAUCUGGGUGCACCACUAGAGAUGGGAGUCAUGGUUCAUCAUGUUGAAUGAAUCUUAUGUCACAUAAGUUUUUGAUGUCAUCUUGUCGAUAAGUUGGUUAAUUGAACUUGUGUUACAUUUGUGAUUGUAAUUAGUCUUGUAUGCCCUUUUACAGUAUAAGUUGUAGGUCGACUUGCUUAAGGCUAGGCGUAAAUGAUUCGAGCUAUUAACGAGUUACUCGAACUCGAACUUAAUUAUUGAGCUGGAGUCGAUC